AUGGCCAACGAUCCACCUCGGGGGACUUUGGGAUUCCCUGAGGUAGAUAAAAGUUCCCUUGAGUUGGAUCGACGCCAUGUGGGAGGGGGGAAUUGCGAAAUUUCAAAUAACAACAAUUCGUUCCAACUUCAUCAUCUUACCUUUUCACUCUAUGCUAUAGCAAUCUAUACACAGAAAAAAUCAAAUCUCAGAGAGAAAGAGAAAGAGAAAGAAAGAAAGAAAGAGAUGGAAAUGGAAGCAAGGAUUCCUGUUGAAGACAACACUGUUGAUUGGAGAGGCAGACCUUCCAACCCUAUUAAACAUGAAGGAAUGAAAGCUGCCAUUUUCGCUCUCGGGCUUCAAGCAUUUGAGAUAAUGGCCAUUGCUGCAGUUGGGAACAAUCUCAUUACUUAUGUGAUAAAUGAGAUGCACUAUUCUCUGUCACACUCUGCAAAUAUUGUCACAAAUUUUAUUGGCACUAUCUUCCUCUUGGCCCUCCUUGGGGGCUACCUCUCAGAUUCUUAUCUUGGGACUUUCUGGGCCAUCAUCAUCUUUGGCUUUGUCGAACUUUCUGGAUUUAUAUUAUUAUCAGUUCAAGCUCAUCUUCCUCAAUUGAAGCCACCACCCUGCAAUGUAAUAACUGACGGAGAAAACUGUGAAGAAGCAAAGGGCUUCAAGAAGUUUAUAUUUUUUCUAGCACUGUAUUUAGUGGCGUUGGGCAGUGGAUGUGUGAAGCCAAACAUGAUUGCUCAUGGAGGUGACCAAUUCAAUCAGAAUAAUCCAAGGCAAUCAAAGCAGAUCUCCACCUACUUCAAUGCUGCAUAUUUUGCCUUCUCCAUGGGUGAACUUAUUGCCCUCACUGUUCUUGUUUAUGUCCAAACUCAUUCCGGCAUGGACGUUGGCUUUGGAGUCUCGGCGGCCGCCAUGGCAAUUGGCCUCAUCAGCUUGGUUUCCGGCACUCUUUAUUAUAGAAACAAGACCCCUCAAGGCAGCCUCCUCACCCCUAUUGCCCAGGUUUUUGUAUCGGCCAUUUUAAAGAGAAAGCAAACUUGUCCCUCAGACCCUGAGAUGCUUCAUGGAAGCCCAAACAAUCUCACCCUUGGCAAUCCAAACAAUGCUGUAUUGCUCCAUACUCCGAGGUUUAGAUUCUUGGACAAAGCCUGCAUCAAAGUUGAAGAAGGAAGCAACAGAAAUGAAAGUCCAUGGAGAUUGUGCAGUGUCACUCAAGUAGAACAAGCCAAAGUCAUAAUCUCAGUGGUGCCAAUUUUUGCAUGUACAAUUAUUUUCAAUACAAUUUUAGCUCAGCUUCAAACAUUUUCAGUCCAACAAGGGAGCACCAUGAACACAAAACUCACAACUUCCUUCAGCAUCCCUCCAGCUUCCCUUCAAUCCAUCCCCUACAUAAUCCUCAUCUUCCUAGUGCCCCUCUAUGACACCUUCUUUGUCCCCUUUGCAAGAAAGUUUACAGGCCAUGAAUCAGGCAUCUCCCCUCUGCAACGAAUUGGCUUUGGACUCUUUUUCGCAACGUUUUCGAUGGUUGCAGCUGCCCUCAUGGAGAAAAGGAGACGUGAUCUAGCUUUAAACUCAAACAAAAUCAUUUCCAUCUUCUGGAUCACCCCACAAUUCUUGAUCUUUGGCGUCUCAGAAAUGUUCACGGCCGUUGGCCUUAUUGAGUUCUUCUAUAAACAACCCGUUCAAGGCAUGCAGGCAUUUUUAACUGCUUUAACCUACUGUUCUUAUUCAAUUGGGUUUUAUUUAAGCUCAGUUUUGGUUUCUGUGGUAAACAAAAUCACUUCGAAGGAAGGGUGGCUCAGUGACAAUGAUCUCAACAAAGACAGAUUGGACCUUUUCUAUUGGAUGCUUGCGGUGCUCAGCAUGCUGAAUUUUGUAAAUUAUGUCUUCUGGGCAAGGUGGCAUUCUCGGAAUUCUACUCCACUGAGGAAUAAUCAACAGGAGCAAUAUGACCACAUGAUGAAACAAGGGGAGGAUUUGAGCGAGAACAAUAGCUAUAAUAAUUCAUCAAAGAAUAACAGUGGGAAUAUUAAUGGAGAUAAAAGUAUAGCUUAA